UGUGUGGUUAGUAAUGGCGGCGGAAGGCACAGAGGAGCCUAGCAACAACGGAGAGCUUACAAAUCCUUUAGGGUUGCAUGAGCCUGAAGUUGCAGAACCUUCUAAACCAGAUGUUGAGCUGUCAUCGGAGUCUGCUGGGAAUGAAGAUUUGGGCGCCCCCGCAGCACCUUACACGGCAGAAGGGCAGGAGGAGGAAGAGGGAGAGCUGCCUGCUGAAUUUGAGAAACUUUGGAAGCUGACCAGUGAGAAUCCUUUGAAUUUUAAUACCUGGACAGAUCUUCUGCAGUAUUGUGAACAAGAGGGCCACCUGAGAGCUUCCUGCCAAGCUUUCAAUGCCUUUCUGGCUAGGUACCCUUUGUGCUAUGGUUACUGGAAAAAGUUUGCAGAUAUUGAGAGACGGGCAGGUCGUAACAUCAAGGCUGAGGAGGUGUGUGAACAAGGUUUGAAGGUCAUUCCUCUCAGUGUUGAUCUCUGGAUUCACUACAUCAACCUGCUGCUGGGAACACUCGACAUGAAUUUGCCUGAGUCAGCACAUCGCAUCCGCUGUGUGUUUGAGGAGGCAGUUGCGUCCGCUGGCUGGGACUUCCAUUCAGACCGGUUAUGGGAUCUCUAUGCUGAAUGGGAGAAGGAGCAGGGAAACCUGAAGGCUAUGACCGCUAUUUAUGAUAGAGUACUAAGGGUUCCCACACAGCUCUACAACGCACACUAUGAGAAACUGAAAACUCACCUAACCUCCCACCCACCUCUGGACUUCCUUUCACCAGAGGAGUAUAGUAUGGUGAGAGCAGAGUAUAAACAAACCCAAAUACAUGCUAAAAAAGAGAGAUCUGAUAUUGCUGCCAAUGAAGAAGAGAGACCGCCGGGUGAGGAAGAGCCUGCAGAUGACGGCAAGGACUCGGAAGAGGCAGUGCAAAAGAUGCAAGAGCUCAUUUUGGCCUCUAGAGAGGAAGUAUACCAACAAAAUGAGGCAGAAGUCAAAAAGAGAUGGAAUUUUGAGGAUGCUAUUAAAAGGCCUUAUUUCCAUGUAAAGCCCAUGGACAGAACCCAGCUGAAGGCUUGGCACAGUUAUCUGGACUGGGAGAUGGCAGAGGCUGAGAUGACAUCAAUGGAUUUUGAAGGGACGACUGUGGAGGGCAGUGAAGAAUCAAAAAAAGACGAUGUGGCUAGCCAUGGGAGAGUGCUGGUUCUGUUUGAGCGCUGUCUCAUUGCUUGCGCACUCUAUGAAGAAUUCUGGGUUAAAUAUAUACAUUACCUGGAACCACGUGGUGUGGAAGAUGUGCGUAAUGUGUAUCGCAGAGCUUGUGGAAUCCACCUGCCAUACAAACAUAGCAUCCACCUUCAAUGGUCUGCAUUUGAGGAAAAGCAUGGUAAUGCUUCAGAGGCACAGCGUAUAUUGGAGUCUUUAGAGAUGGUAUUGCCUGGUUUGUCUGCGGUGCGUUUGAGGAGAGUAGGUCUAGAGAGGAGAGCAGGUCAUCUGGAUGUAGCGGAGUCACCUAAAGAGUCUGUUCAACAGAGUAAAGAUAAUCCUUCACUCCACGCCUUUUACUCAAUCAAACUGGCCCGGUUCAUCCUCAAGCUGUAUAGGAACCCAUCCAGGGCCCGCACAGUUCUACAGGAGGCAAUAGAGAUCAGUCCGGAUAAUGGUCGGCUUUAUCAAAACCUUAUGGAGCUGGAGAUAUCUGGUGAUGUGCGGGCGAAUGAAGGUGCGGUUCUGCAGUGUGUGGCCAAAGCUCUUGCUGCUCCGCUCUCCCCAAAGACCAAGAUUCAUUUCUCCCAACGUGGUCUGCAGUUUGCUGAGGAUUUUGGAUCCACUGUACAGAGUCUGUUGAGUAAAUACGAGGACCACCAGAAGCUGCUGAAGGAACAUGAUGGAAAGAGAGGAGCAGAGAACGGGGAUAGUGAUGACCCAGAGAAAAUGAGCAAAAUGGAUGAUGGAUCUGCCACGGGGGUACAGACUGCUCCUCCCACUAUGGCUCACAUGCCAAUGACAACACCACCUCCACCUAUGAUGGGCGGAGACAUGAGUGGGUCAUAUGGAGGUUAUGGCAGCUGGUACCAGCAGCAGUAUGGGGGAUAUGGUAGCUACCAAAAUCCUUGGAACCAGUAUAACCAGUACUAUCCUCCAAGCUAAAUCCGUUCUGAAUGGACAUAUUUAGGUGUUUCAUGUACUUAAGUUUUUCUCCUCAAAGGAAACCGUGGAAGGGUAUGUCAUUGCACCUCUGGAUUUAAAACAUUGGGAUGGAUGCAUACUCGUUUAUGCUUGGUUUUUAAGCAAUUUAUCUGUGAAUUGAUUCUAGUUUAGUGAAUCCCUGAAAUGUUUACGUGAACAUGAUCUCAUUGACUAUUUUUUACUGUUGAUUUUAUUACGUGGUGGCAAUCAUCUUAUCAUUGAAAUAAAAUAUAAAAGUGA